AUGUUUCGCAAUUUUGGAUGGACGAUCGGUGGAGCCGGGCCAAAGUCGACCUCGCCGAGGUGGAAUCAAGGCAGAUCGCCAGGCGGAUCGGCCUUCGGAAACCAAAGUGGCAGACGGGAGGCGCACAAGGUGCAACGCGGAAGCCUCUCCGUCUAGCAUUCCAAGCUCGCUAAUAACCUGGCUGCGGCGGGUCAUUAUUCUAAAGGAAGAAGGAGGUGACGGAGGCGGCGGUCGCACGCACAAUUUCCCACUCGAAAUGAAAAAGCCGAGCACGACCGGUCGUAGAGGGGGUGAUGCAUGCACCUCGGCUACUUUCCCGACCGAAUCGUGGUGGGGAAACUCGUGGCCUGACGCCACUACGCACACCUCUACCCCAAGCUUCUAGUCUAGCCUUAAUAGUCAUCCACUGGAAGCCGGAGACGAAACCUCUUUCUCUGGAUACCGCGAUCUUCUGCAACGAUCUAC